UAAUUUCAUGGUACUGGGUCGCCGAGUGAACAGGAAUUGGGGGAUAUAGAGUGGCCAAGCACCAUCCAUCAUAACUGGGCCCAUGGGACUUACGGUCUUUGCGCACCGCCCCAACGUUUAAGUCGUUAGCAAUUUCCUGCACGGGACUAUUUUCGGUCCCAAAUUCCAUAUGGUCCGAUAAUAUCCGAUAAUAUGGUCCGACCAAGCAGAUUGGAGUGGGGAUAAAAAAAUCGAUAUGGAAAGAAAAACAAUUUGUACACAAACAUCUAUCGAAGCUAUCCAAUUUAACGAGAAAAAUCAGGAUAACAAAGUAGAGAGUGAUACGAAUCAAUUUUCUCCGUGCAUUUAUUUGAAACAAAAAAAAUCGUCGGCAUUUUGGUACAUCGAUGAAGAUCCUGCUCCCCAAUGGCUAAUCGAGGAAGCCCUCGCUAGUGGGACUGAGCAGACAAAGGAAAAAAUAUCGUCAAACAAGGAAACCGAAUACAAAACAAUCAUAGCAGAACUUGAAGUAAAGCUCACUAGAACAAGAGAAGAGCUUGAAGAAGCUUUAAAAGCAAAAUCUGCUGUAAAGGAAAAAUAUAAGAAAUCCUUAGAAAAUGUAAAGGCAGAAGCUCGAAAAGAAAACGAAAUAUUGCAAGAAAGAAUUGUGCGUAUUUGUACUUCUGUUUUGGAAAAUUUCGGUCCCUAUUCCAUGGAUCGUAGAAAAUGCAAUACUUUUCAAACUAAACCUUGUAGAAAAUUAAAAUAUCAAAAGAAAAUUAUGAAUAAAUUACACAAAAAGUUGCGGAUGGCUGUAACGAAAUCAAAUAAAUUGAAACAAGAAUUGACAACGACCCGAAAAAUGCUGAAAGACAAAUCGGAAGAACACGAUUCCAUGAGCAAAUGCUUCGAUCAGCUGAAGGAAGAAAUGGAAGCCGCCGAAACGAAUUUGAACGAAUUGAUAAGCGAGAACGUUUCCUUGAGAAAGAAGAUCGAUGAAACACGAGAAUGGUUGCAGCAAACUUCGGGAAAGGAGCAUAACAUGAUUCGAGACACGAGGAACAGAGAAAUAGUCAAUCUGAAGAAAAAAGCUGAAGAAGAUUCUGCGACGAUUAUUCAACUUAAACAAAAAAAUAAAUUGUUACAAUUUAGAUUAAUACGAUCGGACUCGGCAAAUGCCAACAAAGGAUUUUUACUGAACAGUUACAAAAGUCAAUUGAAAGAUUUAACUAAAGAAAACAAUCAAUUGGCAUCUAAAAUUAACAGUUUGGAGAACGAGAUCAGCAAUAUUCGAAGCACUAAUUCACAGUUGAGAGCAAAAAUUUCAGUUUUAAGUGUUGAAAAAGAUAAACUACUUUCAGACAAGGAAAAAUCAAAAACAGAUAUAAAGGAAAAGAUGGAAACAAAAUGUGCCAAAAAAUGUGAAGAAACGAUUCAACAAGAAAUUGAAAUUAUUAGAACUAAAUAUGAAGAAAUUAUUAAGACUUUAAAAACGAAAAUGUCAAUUACCCAAAAUGAGAAUGUCGAAUACUUGAAUGCUAUUAAGGAAUUUUUAAAGAAACUUUAUUAUGAGUACCAAAUAGAUCAUAAAUCGUACAAAAGCUCAAAUGAAAGUGAAGCAAGUGAAAGAGAAGCUCAAGAAACUGCCUGUAAUAUUUUGAAUAUGACUCCAGAUGAAUUAUCUGGUUUCAUUAAUGGAAAAACUCAAAAUUCGAUUAAUUCAUGGAUUGUUGAAUUAAAUCGAAUAACGAAAACAGAUCAUUUUUCCAAAGAUUUAUCGAAGUUUUUAUUGAAAAAAGCAGCAAAGAAAAUAAAGACAUGAAGAAAAUCAAAGAAAAGUGGGAUUAUAUAUGUUUUUUUCAAAAUUGUUUUUCUGUAUAUUA